AUGCCCGUUAUGCAGUCGCAGCAUGAGACCUCGGAUGCCGGCCCGAAGCUGGUCAAUCGCUUGCACCUGAGCAAAUCACCAUAUGUACGGGCGCAUAUGAACAAUCCUGUCGCAUGGCAGCUCUGGGAUUCCGAAGCCGUGAACCAUGCAAAGAAAUAUAACCGGAUGAUUUUUCUGAGUAUCGGAUACUCAGCCUGCCACUGGUGCCAUGUCAUGGAAAAGGAAUCAUUCAUGUCCGCCGAAGUCGCAGCAAUCCUGAACGAGUCAUUUAUUCCGAUCAAGGUCGAUCGGGAAGAACGUCCGGACAUUGAUGACAUUUACAUGAACUACGUGCAGGCAACCACAGGCUCGGGUGGUUGGCCGUUGAACGUUUUUCUGACCCCCGAGCUGGAGCCGGUGUUUGGUGGAACAUACUGGCCCGGGCCAAAUUCGAGCACUUUGCACGGUCCAGGGACCACCGGCUUUGUGGAGAUCCUGGAGAAACUGAGAGAUGUUUGGAGUACACAACAGGAGCGCUGUCUGGAGAGUGCCAAGGACAUCACGACUCAACUACGAGAAUUCGCAGAGGAGGGAACACACUCACAGUCCACGGGUCAAGAGGAAGACGAGGAAGAUUUGGAUGUUGAGCUUCUCGAGGAGGCUUAUCAACAUUUUGCGUCGAGAUAUGAUUCUAUCAACGGCGGAUUUGGCCGAGCCCCCAAAUUUCCUACUCCUGCCAAUCUCGCCUUCCUACUCCGGCUGGGUGCAUAUCCCGAAGAGGUUCGAGAUGUGAUUGGCAAAGACGAAUGCGAAAAGGCGACAGCGAUGGCAGUCACAACGUUGGUAAAUAUGGCCCGCGGUGGUAUCCGGGAUCAUAUCGGUCACGGGUUUUCCCGAUAUAGCGUCACGGCAGAUUGGAGCCUGCCUCAUUUCGAGAAGAUGCUAUAUGAUCAAGCUCAGUUGCUGGACGUUUAUCUGGAUGCUUUCCGAUUGACCCACGACCCGGAGCUCUUGGGUGCUGUUUACGACUUGGCAGCCUAUUUGACAACUGCGCCACUGCAGUCUCCGACUGGCGGAUUCUUCUCUUCGGAAGAUGCUGACAGCUACCCCAGUCCGAAUGAUACAGAAAAGCGAGAGGGAGCCUUCUACGUUUGGUCACUCAAAGAACUCAAUCAGGUUCUGGGCUCACGAGAUGCUCCAGUCUGCGCUCGUCAUUGGGGCAUGCUCCCGGAUGGAAAUGUAGCGGCCGAGUACGACCCGCAUGACGAAUUCAUGAACCAAAAUGUGCUCUCCGUCAAAACCACCCCAAGCAAGCUCGCCAAGGAGUUCGGUCUGAGUGAAGAAGAGGUAGUCAGGAUUAUCAAGAAUGGCAAGCAAAAGCUUCGCGACCACCGUGAGAGGACGAGGGGACACCCUGACCUUGACGACAAAAUUGUGGUGGCUUGGAAUGGUCUCGCGAUCGGUGCGCUGGCUAAAUGCAGCGUUCUAUUUGAGGACAUUGAGAGCUCCAAAGCUACUUCCUGUCGCGAGACUGCCGCGCGAGCUGUGAGCUUCAUUAAAGAAAAUCUAUUCGAAAGAUCCACGGGCAAAUUAUGGCGCAUCUGGCGUGACGGCAGUCGUGGCGACACCCCUGGAUUUGCCGAUGACUACGCCUUUUUGACCAGUGGUCUUCUGGACAUGUACGAAGCGACCUUUGACGACAGCUACUUACAGUUCGCUGAGCGUCUCCAAAAACAUCUGAACGAGCAUUUCCUGUCCCGGACAGAGACUUCAUCCUCUGGUUACUUCAACACCUCUUCUGAGCUGACUCCUGGCAUGCCUGGCCCUCUGUUUCGGUUGAAGACGGGCACAGAGUCUGCCACGCCGUCUGUGAACGCCGUCAUUGCCCGCAAUCUGCUCCGCUUGGCAGCAUUACUCGAGGAGGAACAAUACCGGACUCUAGCUCGACAGACUUGCAACUCGUUUGCCGUAGAGAUUCUGCAACAUCCCUUCUUGUUUGUCGGUCUGCUUGACGUGGUUGUGGGCCUCCAGAUUGGGACUCGGACUGUGACCGGAGUCUUCAGUACCACCGAGACCGGUCAAGGGUCGUCGCGCUCGGGCGAGAGCUCCGAGGGUCGAGAAGAUCAGCCCGUGGCCGCGCGUGAUUUGAUAGUGCGACGAGUACGCGCAGAGGCCGGCGCGGGACCUUGUUCGACUCUGGCAGUCACGUCAAUGGUUGACAUUCGACCUUCACAUCUCAAAGACUUUGUCGGUAAUCAGUCCUUCUGGCUCAAGUCUCGUAAUCCUCUUUUCAAGGAUUUGAAGGCAGGAGAGCAUGCAAAGAACCAGAUGAUGAUUUGUCAUUCUGGACAGUGUAACAUUGUUGAUCUUGAGUGA